UCAGUCACAUAGGGAACUGAUAAUUCGAGUGGUCGAUGAAAAAGUGAUCGGAAAAAAUGUUUGUCCAUUUUUCAUUUAAAUGAGAUGCCGCAUUCAAAAUCUUAUUUCAUAGUGAGCGAAACAUAUUAAACGGUGAAAUGUAUAAAAAAAUAUAAAAACAUUUUCUUGUCAGAAAUUGUGUUUUAAUAUCUUAAGAACUGAAUUUUGUGAAGUGUGUCGUCGUCCUGUUUGAGUGUGUGUGAGUGCAAUGAGUAAGUGAGUUAGGUGUGUGUUUGUGCAUGAGUGCGAUAAAUGAAAAUUUUCUCACUCACACAUGUGUAUGAUGAGUGUGGCAUAUGGUUAAUGGUUAACCAAAAAAUCUGUCUAAUUUGAGUGGGUAAUCGUCGGCAACAACACUUGUCAUGGCUGUCGCAAUAGAUUUUUUAGUAAACAAAAAAAUGUUAAUUGUUCUAUUUGGAGAAUAACAAUACUUUUGUAAAAUGUAUUUUGUGCUUUUAAUAGCUUAAUGAAUUUUGUAAUAUUUAAGAAUAUCUUUGCACCGCAAAAAAGUUACAGUGUACUGAAAAUAAACGAAGGGUCCGAAUGUGUUUCUCUACAAAAAAAAAAAAACAGCAACAAAAGAAAUUAUGAAUGUUUGAUGAUGAUGUCAAACUUUGUUGUAAAAUAGUGGUAUCCUCCCAAUCAGUGUCUAUCUUUUUUCUGCGUGAAUGAGAUUUGUUAAUUAUUUUCUCUUUUCGUUUUUUUAAUGAUGAUGAAUGUGUGGUGCCUUCUUGACGCCGCCGUCGCCUUCCUAUGAACUAUGUUGUCUGUCGUGUCAAUUGCCAAUCAGAAUAAUAGAGAAGGAAAAAAAAAAAUAAAUAGAAAACCAGAACAGAUAUCAUCAUUUUAUUAAAUCCAUAAGUUACGUUGUUACUAUUUUUUAUGUCAUCAUCGUGUUAUGGUUGUUGUUGUGGUUGCGUGUGCUGUGCUUGUGAAAACCCUAGUUUAUUAAGUGUGCUAAACGUCGUCUGAGAAAACCAUCAUCAACAUUGACAUUUGAGGAUUAUUUUGGAGAUUUGUCUUGAUUUGUGCACAACAUUCAUUGAGGAAACUCUAAAAAUUAUUGGUAGUCAUUUCUGGCUUUGGGUCUAAAACAACUGGUUUGGAUGAAAAAAAAAACUAUGCCAACAUAAAGAGAAUGGAAGUUCAAACCGUUAAUAACCAUUUAAAUAACGCCCUUAUAUCACCGUUAUCUGCCACAAAUCCUCAAACUAACAACACAUCAGCAUCAUCAUCGCCGCCACCUUCAAUUCAACAACAACAACCAUCUUCAACAACGGCAUCAAUGUCUGCCACAGUGCAUUUGCAAAAAGCCGUCAUUCAAAUGAACGACAGUCUAACACACUUAAGUCGCAGCAACAGUCCAGCCAGCUCAAAUUCGGAAAUCGAAAAGGAAUUACAAGAUCUAGAUCUGAACAGUUCCAUGAACAGUGGCAGCAUAAGUUUAGGUGCCGAACUAAAUUGCAAAUCAAAUGGAUCGCUGAGUGGUGCCUCAUCCUCAUCAACGCAAGGCCUUAUUGGUAUUGCCGGCAAUGGUGGUUGUGUUGGAGCCGAUAAUGGCCAUGUGGGUGGUGGUGGUGGUGCUGAUACAGCACCCUCAAGUUUAAAAACAACAACAACGAAUGGCAGCAGUGGAAGUGGUGGCAACAAUGCACUGGCCACAGCGGCUAUAACAGCAGCGAGUAUAAAAAAACGCAUUUCAUCGAGUCGAACACCAACACGAAAGGCUAGACGAAUAAAAUUCUAUCGUAAUGGUGAUCGUUUCUAUCCUGGCAUAACCAUUCCAGUUUCAAAUGAACGUUAUAGAUCAUUUGAGAGCUUAUUUGAAGACCUUACAAGACUUUUAGAGGAAAAUGUUAAAAUUCCAGGUGCUGUACGCACCAUCUACACUAUGUGCGGUAAAAAGAUCUCGACUUUGGAAGAGCUUGAAGAUGGUCAAAGCUAUGUGUGUUCCUGUAAUAAUGAGAAUUUCAAAAAAGUCGAAUACAAUACCACAUCACAACCUCUAACCAAUUUGUCAAUAUCCAAUAAAACAUCAAAUCGUAUAUCGAAAUACUAUAGACCAUCAUCGCCUUUGAAGAAUGGCUCCACCAAUAGCAACAACAUAGGUAAUGGGGGUGCAGCGGCCAACGCCACAACUGGAGGACCCAACACCAAUGGCAGUCCCAUUCUAGGCAAAAUGAGCGAACGCGACAGUGUAGUCCAUCCACGCAUAGUUACCCUUAUACGAAAUGGUACUCGACCACGUAAACUAAUGCGCUUGCUGCUGAAUAAACGCAAUAGCCCAAGUUUUGAUCAUGUCCUCACUGCUAUAACGCAAAAGGUCAAACUCGAUACCGGUUAUGUGCGCAAAGUUUUCACUUUGUCGGGCUCGCCGGUAACAAAUUUAGCCGAUUUCUUUGGUGCCGAAGAUGUUUUUUUUGCCUAUGGCACUGAGCGUGUCAAUAACCCUGAAGAUUUUCGCUUGGAAAAUGAUGAACAGAAGGCCUUACAGGCAAUACGUAAAAAUUUACGUACUGCCGGUACACUAUGCAAAGGUCCCAAACCAAAGAUGCCUGUGAAGAGCAAAAAGACCUAUGACACUUCGGCCUUGGAUGAAGAGAAGCUGCUGCUGAACGAAAGUGGCAUUGAUGCGCAAGAAUUGCCGGCGGUCAUCCGAGAACGUUAUAUACUGGGCCAAAUCAUAGGUGAUGGCAAUUUUGCCAUUGUGCUGAAAUGUAAGGAUCGUCAAAGUGGUUAUACCUAUGCGCUGAAAAUCAUCGAUAAGAGCAAGUGCAAGGGCAAGGAACAUUAUAUUGAUGAUGAGGUACGCGUUAUGAAGAAACUAUCACAUCCCCACAUUAUUUCCCUAAUAAUGGAUGUUGAUCAGCAAGCCAAUAUGUAUUUGGUGCUUGAAUAUGUUGGCGGUGGCGAUUUGUUUGAUGCUAUUACACGCGUUACUAGAUUCUCCGAAGAUCAGUCACGUGUGAUGAUUAAACAUUUAGCUGCUGCUAUGGCCUAUUUACAUUCCAUGAGCAUUGUGCAUCGUGACAUUAAACCCGAAAAUCUAUUGGUUGAGCUUGAUGAAAGCGGUAAUGUUAUCGUCUUAAAGUUGGCCGAUUUCGGUUUGGCAUGUGAAGUCACUGAACCUCUAUACGCUGUAUGUGGUACACCAACAUAUGUGGCUCCUGAAAUCCUAAUGGAAACUGGCUAUGGUUUAAAGAUUGAUGUUUGGGCUGCCGGUAUUAUAUUAUAUAUACUUCUGUGCGGUUUCCCACCAUUUGUCUCACCCGACAAUCAGCAGGACCCCUUGUUCGAUGCAAUUAUCUCGGGUAUCUACGAAUUUCCCGAUCCCUAUUGGUCGGGCAUUGGCAAUGGAGUGCGCGAUCUCAUUGCCAAUAUGCUACAAUCCGAUCCAGAUGUACGUUUCACCAGCGAAGAUAUAUUAGACCAUUAUUGGACUAUGGGCAAUGAUGACAUUAUAAACGAGUACAGCAGCUGAACGGGGAGUAAACCUUAAACGAUAUGGGCAAUUCUUUAUUGCCUACAUAAAGAAAAACCUACACAAUGGCUGGUUCAAAACUAUCUUUUGUUAUUAGCAUACAAGCAACUCCCCCUACAUACAUACAAAAAUAUAUAAAUAUAUAAAUAGGAAGCAAACAACAAAGAUAUAAAAACAAAACAAAAAAAAACAAAAUCGAAGGUAAUCGAAGCAAGGAAGCCUGUAGUAUUUUUAUUUUAUUUUUUAUUAUAUUUUUAUAAUUAUUAAAUUAUUUAAUUUUUUAUUCUAAUUUUUAAUGUAUUUAAAAACGCUAUAUAAAAAAUUAUACGUAUAUAUAUAUAUAAAGCAAAUUGUAUUCCAUUUUAAAAACUGAAAAUAAAAGAGGAAGAAAUUCAUUGUUGAAACCGCUUGACAUCCAUCUUUGAAACAAGAAGACAGACACAAAGCAAAAGUAAAUUAAAACAAUGAAAUAAUUUGUAGAAAUAUCAAAGGAAGAACAUUAAAAUCAUAGACCUAACAAAAAAAAAAAAAAAACAAGAAAAUUCAUGAAACUUGUAUUUUUUAAAUAUAAUAUAAUUUUUCUAUCGAUAUACUUCUACACAACUAUAAUCUAUCCAAUAUAUUUAAGUAUUUAAUUUUAAUUAUUUUUUUUACAAAAAAAAAAAAUAUUUUAAAAAUCUUUUUUAAUUAUAUUUUUAUUGUUUCUUAUUAUUCAAAAUGCUUAGAUUUAAAAAAAAAUAUUUUAUUAAAGGAAAACAAAAGGAAAAACAAAAAAAGAGCUUUUUGGUUUAAAUUAACUAACAUUAACAUCAAUUGCAGCAGCAAAUGUAAUACAUUUUUAAGAACCUCAUGAUAUAAAAUAUGGUUUAUAUACCUUGGUAUUAUAGGGAUUAUUUUUAGUUUUUUUAUAUUGUUCAAAAUUGUUAACUUUGGUUGUCAGCAAGUAACUCCUCAAAGCUAAUUCUUCUAUGUGUAGUUCUACUGAUAAUAUACUCCAGCUGUUUCAAGAGAUAUUGUGGGAUCUUCCGCACACACUCUCUUUGGAAUCUUCUCCGACACAUAUCUUUUCAAAAUAUUUUUCCAAGCUAUUGCGACAUAAAGUAAUAGAGACCUCAUUUCUUUCAUGAGUAAUAACCUACUACUCUCCCACAUUUAACACCAUGCUUGCCAGAUUAUUCGUGAUAUUGCCUUGAUAUUCCGCCGACUGGAAAGCGAUUAUUCAACUAUAGAAGCUAUCACACGACAUGUUCUAUACAUAAGUGCUGUAACUUUCGUAUCCACAUGAAUUUCUUUAUGUACAUCAAAUAUGAAUAGAACGUGCUCCAAUAGCAUGUAUUCUCAUAUGUAUUGUACUUUUUUUAAAGACACAUAUGUCUAACGGCCUGGACCAAUAACUUUUUUCACUUGUCCUUCGAUUCGCGUUCGGGGAUUCACUAAUAGAAGGUUAGGUCACAAGUUUAAAAAGGUGAUCUUACGCGAUCAGCUGAUAACAGCUGGCGAGGUUUGACGGUAUUAAGAUUCAGAUUUUUGUUUGCAUUCUCUUUGUUGUCAUCUUCUUUCUCGCAUAUUCUUUGCUUUUGUAUGCACACGUAUACACGCAUGUACACAAAUUUCAUUUUGUGUGUUGGCAAAACUUCGAUCAACUUGAUGGCAAGAUGGCGGAUCGCACCAUAUGAUUUGUGGUUGUUGUACAAAUGAGACCACCUUUAAUUGUUUCGCCAUGGUUAGGCCACUUGCGAAAACAUAAAGUGGAUAAGCACCAUGAACAACAUUAAGGAUGUCAAAUCAGCUGAGUGACAGCGUCAUCAAAUAGGAGAAAACGUAAACAAAGAAUGAAUGUAAAAAGAUAACAAGUUGACAUCCUAAAUGCGAAGUAUUGCCAAAAAAUUAUGUCGGCUGAUCGCUUGGCUUAACCUUAUUCAGUGAACCUUAGAUUCGUUCGUUAAUUCAUUGAAAUCAGCUGUUUUCCCUUUAUAAAAUCAACAGUUUUCAAUGAAUGGCGAACGAAUCGAGUGACAAUAGGACUGUUCGCGUACUUUUUCAGUAAAAAUUUGGCUCUAAAAUGGCUCUUAAUUUUACUCUCUUUAAAAGAUUUGCAAACAAAAGUAGGCAAACGACUUCCAGCGAAAAUUUGCAGAUUUGCUGAUUUUUGUAUUGGUUAGUUCUUAGUUUGCUUGUUUGGAAAAAAAUGUUCUUAAAUAAAAAAUUCUGGGGAUAUUUGUGAGGUAUUUUCCUUAGAUAACGUAACUUUAUGGACCCGAGAGUGAAAAGGCUAGAAGGGAGCCAUUCGUAUAUCCGUGAUCUCCGUGCCGGACAGGACAGUCAUCACCAAUUACCGUGCAAUGCCAUGGCAGGCGAUUCUACGUACCGCAUUGGCCCGAUGGAGUAUUUCAGUGUACAACAUACUGCUACAUCAACAACAACAAGCGUGCACGAAGCUACGAAUGUCAUCCGUGACGCCAAGUCGAGCAAAGCGCUGGUUCCAGACAGAAUCUAUACACUGAUGCUGAAGAAUCUGGAGCCGAGUACCUUACAACUGCCCUCAGCCUGUCUGAACACUUUUAUAGUAACCAAUGUUUGGAAGAUGGGCAGUCCGAUCCCGCACUGAAACUUGAAAACGACACGAGCAAGAGGGAGUCGUACAGACCAAUCUCCCUUCUCUUAUCAGUAGCCAAGACGCAUAAGGGACUACUCCUUCCGCUCCUUUCAUUGGGCAACAUCAGCAUGCAUUUCGAAGGCUGCAUAGGACUACAACUGCUUUACAUGCCAUCACCGUAUACAAAAGUACACUUGUUAUGCUGACAAAGAUCUAAUACUUUUGGAUAUUGUGGCUAGAUAAAUUGCUAACUGAUGUGGGGCUAACGGAGCUUUCUUAGGGAGCCGUUCACAAUUGACAGACUAAUUUGCACUAAUUUUUUCUAAUCCCACUGUGCGUCACUUGUUUAACUGCUUAGACCCAUUUAAUCCCAUGGCAGCAUCUUCCCUCCCUUACAAAUUCAAAGGAACGGUGUUGUUUUCAUCGCAGCUCUCCGAUGAGGAUGAUUCCAUCAAACCCCUAAAGAAACCGAUAAUUGCUCUUUUCUUGUUGUCUGGAAGGAUACAAUGUUUUAAUUGUCAAGAUUUUCCAAUUAAUUCCACUUAAUUUGCACUUACCUUCUAGUGUAGAACAGCCGACUUGAGGUAAAAUUGCAACUUCAUUUGUCGAGUUUUCUGUAACUGAACACUACUGCUGCCUUGAAUCUUCAUUCAAGGUAAAUAAAAAUUAAACAAAUUUAAUUAUCACCAAUAAACAAGAAUUGUGUUUUUUA